CAAUAACUAAAUAAAUAAGAUAAAUAAAUGUUAAAACAGUGAUUCUAUUAAUUCAGUCCAGGGGUAAAAAUGAAUGACUCCAAGUUAAAAGCCAGAUUUAAAAGAUGCGUGUCUCCCUCACUGCAGUCGUCCUGCUGACCUCAGCUCUCAGUCUCUCUGCUGAAGCCUUCAAAUGUCCUCGAGUGUGCAGCUGUGACCGCGCCAAGCUCACCGUCACCUGCAUGGGCAAGAACCUCACGGAGGUUCCCCCGUCUCUAGACGAGAUCUCCCUGAAGCUGGAUCUGAGGAACAACAACCUGCAGGUUCUCUCCAGGGGAGCGUUUAGCCACGCCCCCUACCUCACACACCUCCACCUGCAGCGCAGCAACAUCAUCACGGUGAAGGAGGGCGCCUUCCGGACCCUGGGCCGCAUGGUGUCCCUGAACCUGGCCUACAAUAAGAUCGACAUCCUGUAUCAGGAGUCCUUUGACGGCCUCUCCUCCCUGAAGGAGCUGAACCUGGACCAUAACCGCAUCGAGGAGAUCCAGCCCGGAGCCUUCAGUCAGCUGGGCUUCCUCAACACCCUGGACCUCACACACAACCAGCUGGUCUACAUCCCCAACAUGGCCUUCCAGGGUCUCAACAACAUCAAGUGGCUUCGUCUGAGCCACAACGCCCUCAACAACCUGGCCCCCGAGGCCUUCGCUGGCCUGUUCACCUUAAACCGUCUCAGCCUGGACCACAACGAGCUGCAGUUCUUCCCCACGCAGACCAUGACCCGACUCCGUGAGGUCACGCGCCUAGACUUGAGCUACAACCCCAUGACCUACCUCGGGGAAGAGUCUGUCUCCAUGGCCAAGCUGACUCACCUCUACCUGGACCACAUGUCCCUCCAGGACCUGUCAGACCAGGCUCUGUCAGGGGCCCCCCACCUCACCCACCUGGACCUCAGCCACAACCAGCUCCGGUACCUGGAGCCCCUGAAGGGCCCUAAAGAGCUAGGCAGCCUCAACCUGACGGGAAACCCGUCCUACUGUAACUGCUACCUGCGGCCCCUGAGGGUGUGGGCCGGCCUCAGAGGCGCUAAGCUGCUGGGGGUCUGUGCUGGGCCUCCUCACCUCUCAGACGAGCCGCUGCAGGCCGUGGAUCCUCAGGACCUGCGCUGCCGGAGCCGAGGGGAGACUCUGCAGGACGAGUUAGAGAGAGAGGAGGCGAGAACCCGGGACGCCUCCCCCACGGAGAAACCCAAACCCAGAGCCAAGUGUCCGGGUCUCUGUGACUGUGACACUGAAGCCCAACACGCCACCUGUGAGGGUCGGGGUCACACCAAAGUCCCUCGAGGGUUCCCCGUGAAGACGCAACUGCUGGACCUCCGCAGAAACCACUUCCACUUCCUCCCUGUGAACAGCUUCCCGGGCACGGGACAGGUACUCUCUCUGCACCUGGAGCUCUGCAGAAUCCACGAGAUCGAAGCUGGAGCCUUUCGGGGGAUGAAGAAGCUCUACUACCUGUACCUGUCUGACAACGACCUCACCUCUUUGGACCCCGGAGCCUUCACCGGAGCCCCCGAGCUCACCUACCUGCACCUGGAGGGGAACAGACUGCUUCAGUUUCCUGGACCAGCGCUGAAACUCCUCCCGGGUCUGUCCGUGUUACACCUGGAGAGGAACGCCAUCUCUAAACUCGACCCUGCAGGUUUACUGUCCUCCGUGACCCCCCUACUCAGAGAACUGUACCUCACAAACAACACCAUCACAUCCAUCGCCAAGGCCGCUCUGGACUCAGCACACCUGGGUAUACUCCACCUGGACUCCAACCAGCUGACGGAGAUGCCAACCAGUGCUCUGUCUAAGGCAGAUAACCUGGAGGAGCUCAAACUGUCCCACAAUUCAAUCCGCUGGCUGGGACCAGACUCAGUCCAGCCCGUCUCCCAGAGUCUGAGGAAGCUGUACCUGGAUCAGACGGGCCUGGAGAAGAUCUCUGGAGCCGCUCUGGGUCCUGGUCUGAGGACUCUGUCUGUGAGAGGAAACCAGCUGAAGGAGCUUCCUGACCUGAGCCUGCUCACCGGUCUGGAGGAGGUGGACCUGCAGGAGAACCCUCUGCUCUGUGACUGCUCCUUACUACACCUGCGCAGGUGGAUGGAGAAUGUAAGUCUGGAGGUGGUCGCAACCUGUGGUAACCCUCCUGAGGUCAAAGGUCAGAAGGUCAAGGAGGUCAGUGUCUUCAAGUCCUGCCCUGAAAACGGCUCUCCUCCAGAAGUGAAGGUUGUUGUGGACUCUGGACUCUCCAAACCCAAACCACGUCUCUCAAAGGUCUCUGCAGUCAAAGCUCGGCCUGCCAAGCCCAGAAACAAACAAACCAAAACAGGGAAGAAGAAACCGCAAAGGAGACCGCCAAAAACACCAAAGAGCAAGAAAACACUGAUAUAACCAAGAACACAACAACACAUGCUAACACAACCAAGAGCAAGAACACACAACAACACAUGCUAACACAACCAA